UAUGAAUGUAUGGGGUUCAAAUUGCUGUCGUCGAAGAAGCAGUACUUCAUGCAAUAGUCGGCGGUCUAGUCAUGGUAAAACGUCACUACCAACGGGUGAUGAGCAUUGGAAGAAGGUCCUCCAAGCUAAUGAAACCAAGUGCAGUAGGCCUGGAACUCCAACCCCGAAGAGGGAAUCGGGUAUUUUAUCUAGUUUAUAUGCGAAAUUCUGCAAAUGGGUAGCAACAAAUAGAGCGAAGAGAGAAGUAGAUAUUAUGAGACGGCAAAGUAUUUCACCUGAAAUAAAGGAACAAUUUCGUCGUCAAUUAGCAUUGGCUCAGGAGCAUUCAAACGCCUAUUUGCAUAAAUGUUGCCCUUCUAGCCUGUCAUCAGAGGACUCAGAUUUUGUCUCAUUUAGUCACACAUCUCGUACAUCUUCUUCUUUAACAAUUGCCUCUAGUGCUUCAUCUCCAGUAGCAUCUGUUGAUCCCUACCUCCCUUUUACGACUGCGUCUCUAAGUUGUAAUUCAUCCGACGUUCAAACAAGAUCAUCAAUGGUUAGCGACGUUACUCAAAUCUCUGUAAAUUGUGAAUCAUCUCAUCAUCGAGUACUUAGCCACUCAUAUUCUUGUCCGGGAAGGAAGAAUUUAGCGACUCAUUCCUUGACAGAUUUAACAAGCGAAGGACAUGGUUCUAUUUGCGCCACCUGGCCCCCAUUAUGUCGAAAGUCGUGUAAUGGAAAAGAAGAAGACGAGGGCAUAGAAGAUGGUGAUCCCGAUGAAUCGGUAUUUGAAGACAAUGAUUUAAAUGAGACCAUUAAAGAGUGUACUAUUCCUUACAACGACCUGGAGUUUGGAAAAUUAAUUCGAGUAGGUCGUCGAGGGGAAACAUACAGAGGGCGCUAUUAUGGCGACGUUAUAAUACACACCUAUCGGAAAGGAAAUGCCAAAAACUCUGAGGAAAUUUAUAGUAAAUUUCUGAAAGAAGUAUCGAGAAUGUGCAUGAUUCGACAUGAUAACAUUGCUUUAUUUAUGGGAGCAUGCAUCGAUCAUCCUAAUUUAGCUAUUGUUACAGGGAUGCGUAAGGGCAUUUCUGUAUACGAGCAAAUAAGGCAGCCGCAAUCUUCAUCUUGUGUAAUGACUUUGUCUUACAAACUAAGUAUAGCUAAACAAGUUUCGCAGGCAAUGGGCUAUUUACAUGCUCGAGGGAUUCCUAUGAAAAAGUUAAACUCUAAGAACGUUUUCCUUGAAAGCAAAGUAAAAUUAUGCCUCAAUGAUUAUGGAAUGGCGGAAAUGAAACACGACAAAACCGGCUAUGGUUGUAUACCAAAUGGCCAUUUGACGUACGUUGCUCCGGAAAUGAUGAGGUCGUUGCGUGUCAUCCCACCUAAACUGGUACCCAAAGUACCAUAUACUGCAGCGACUGAUAUCUACUCUUUUGGAACUCUUUUGUACGAAAUGAUGUCAGGAUGCUAUCCCUAUAGAGGUGUUUCGCCAGAAACUGUAAUAUGGCAAGUGUCUCAGGGCAAACGUCAGUCUUUAUCAAAAUUCAACGAUAUUAAAGGAAUAAAAACAAUUAUCAAGCGAUGUUGGUAUCAGAAACCAGAAGAUCGAGCGGAUUUUGCGAAAAUUAAUCACGAACUGCAGAAAUUGAGUGGCCUUCUUAAGAGGCGAAGUUCUUCGGAGCCAGAUAAACUGCAUGCAUUGGGCUUAACCGCCAAUAAGUCUCUUCGACUUGCUUGA